UCACGCAGAGCGUGGCUCCUAGUGAAUGUUAUGGAAGGUGAUUGAUUUUUGUGUUUUAGACAUUAAUAGAAAAAUUACAGUUGAAAUAAUUGUGUAAUUGCAAAUGUGCACCAACGAGAAUAACAUCAGUCGACGAUACCAGCGGUAAUAGUGGCGUAAAAAAAAGCGGCGCAAAAAUCGUAAAAAUGGACGAUGACAUCGAAAUAACACUUCUCGAGAACAAACAACAGAGUCCGUCCCAACAAAGUGAUCUGAACUCAGCCGACGCCACGGUACUAUACGAGGGCAAUAACGAACCGGCAUCCAUUGCGUUAGCCAUAGAACCCUGCGAUGAUGACGCUCCAGAGGAUAAAGAGCCGAAAGAAGAGGAAAUGGCAGAAAUCACGAAAACAACUACAAACAACAAACCAAAGGGGAGUACUGAAUUGGACAAGUUUAAAAGAAGACUUAUUCGAGCCAUUGCUCGUUUUAUACGCAAUAAUCAGGCGCCAACCGAUGAAAUCUGGGCAGAACUGAAGAAGCAAACGGGCUGCGAUUGUAAACUGCUUUGGGAUCGAAUGCGUGCGUUGACAAUGAAAAAGUUAGGAAGAUUGUUUGCAGCCGAGGACACGCUAAGAAAUAUAACGCAGAUUGCUCAACUCACCGUAACCGACUGGCUUAUGUACGACCUCGUGCUUGUGCACGAGAAAGUGGACGUUAUCGGGCAGGAAGACGCAAAUCCUACUGCCAAAGAAUCGCCUGAAAUAUUGGAAGAUUUAUUCGCUAUAGUGGUGAUCUACAAUCUGGAAUUCUUGCAAGGCGACAAUCUGACCAAAGCUUGGUUUGAAGCCACCAAAGAUUACAAUGGCACAGAGCGACAGUGUUCGCCUAUGCUGCUUCAGCGUCGUUGGUACCAAAUGAAGGCGAAGGUGCGGGAAAAGUUUUAUCACUUUUGGUUCAGCUACAAGGGUGACCAGCGACAUUUAGCGGCGGCGAAUGAGUUCAAGCCAACUGAUCUAGAGAUGGAGAUUGUUAAACAUUUCAGAUACAUCACUACUCAACAAUUUGCAACUUGGGAGGAGUUAAUAGAACAGAAGAGGGUGGCACUUCCCGAGGAUUUCGAACGUCUGCAACUAGCUAAAAGACGCAUUUUCCGGACUGAAACAGGACCUGACCUUGAAGUUAUAGAGCCCCAUGUAGAAACCAUCGAUCUGGAACAAGAUACAGAUUCUGAAGAGUCUAGAGAUUCUACUUUAGUAUUUGAGCCAAAGCAAAAUGUUAAUCCAGGAAUGGUUAAAAUUGAAAAAGUAGAUGAAAUAUCAGACGAUGAUGAUGUACAUUUACUGGAAUCGGUUCAAAUACCUUUAGAAACAAACAAACAUCCAGAAUCCGAAAGUGAUUUGGGGGACAGUAAUGCAAUGAUGAUUGAUGAACAAAUACCUACUGUUAUCAAUAUUGAAGAAGACAUAUCUGUUGUGGAUGACAACCACCAUUUAAAAAAAAUAACUACGAAUGCUCAGAAUAUUGGCAAAGCUGAACUCCUAGAUAAAGGUGAUGGUUCCCAAGAUGAUUUUGAAAUGGUAAUGCCUAGAAUAGUAGCUAGUACUUCAAUAGCAAAUAUUGUGAAUAACUAUGAUAAAGUAAUUCCUAAAAUAUCAGACUUCAUUGCUGCCAUUGAAGUUGAAAAGCCGGUAGAUGAUGCGAUAAAUCAUCAAAUUAACGGCAUAUUAGAAAGUGUUGCUGAAAAUAUUACAAAUAAGAAUGUUUUUAACGUAAUUCCGUCGUCAACUUUGUCUGCAUCAGUUAACAUAAAUACUAAUUUAUUGGUGAAAAAUGUUAUAGAUAGCGAAAUAAAAUCUUUAUACGAGAAAACUAAAUAUAAAGACGAUCUGAAUAGGCUAGAUUCUCUUGAUGCACACCCAAGUAACAUAAAUAUUUUCGACGGAAUUGAAUUAGAAGAUGAUGGGAUCGAGUAUAUUGAAGAAGAUGAUGACUUGAAAGAAGUUCAGCUGAAAUCAUUCAAAAUCGAGAAUACUGAUGAUAGGGAUUGUGGUAAUAUUCCAACAAUUGAUUUAAAACUACUACUCACUCCGCUUGUCUACACAAAAAAACUUGAGGAUAUGGAUGUUUUUCGAUUUAUUGAGUAUAAUGCAGUAAAAGAUAAACGUGUUAUUGAAAAUGCUCAUAUUGAAAGUAAACCAGUUGACAGAAAAUCCGUUAAAAUGGAAGAGAUAUCACAAGAACGUCAAACAAUAUCUGAUAGAGAUGCAUUUAGUGAUAGUGAAUCAGAACAUGAUUCAGAAGUCGAUUUAGGUCCUGAGAUUAUCAGUUCCUCAAGUUGGUUAUUUAGAAAGCUUAAAAAAUUAUCAUACAAUCCUAUACAAUUAUGCAAGAAUCCCGAUUUUAACACAAGAUUAAAAAGACUUAAUGCUGGAUUUUAUAGCUCAGCACGAAAUAGGUGUCUACUCAAAGAAUGUAAACCACUGACCAUUGAUCUACACAAGUCUUUCGAGGUUAAACUUCAUAAUAAUACGAUGUAUUUAACUGGAUCUAUGUCGACAGAAAAUAAAUCAGAUGUGCUAGAUGAAAGUCUGUAUGGAAAUACUGUGCUACAUACUGCCAUGCCGAUGGAGUAUUCAAUUAAUAACGUUAUGAAUGAUAUUCUAGGCCCAGCUCAGCCUUCAGCUACACAGCUUUCAACUAAACCAGUUACACAAGACAGUCACCUGGUUGAAAGAAAAAAAGUAAUAAAUUUGCCAGAUAUAGCUCAAAUACGUCGUUUAAACGAAAAAUUACUCACUGCAGAAGUUACCCCGAUACAGGUUGCAAAUAACACUAAACCGCCUGUUAACAUUGUUUCUACACAACCAAAUAUUCAUACACUCCAGAAUAUUACAACUGAUGUUGUUAAUAAAGGUACAGAGUCUACUACAUCAACCAUCCCUGUACAUGAUUGCAACGGAAUAUUUAGCAAUGUUAGUGUUACUUCUAAUGCCUCUAGUGAAAAUGAUAAAUCCGCAGGUGUGAUUAAAAAUAGUGGUGAUGCUUGUAAUGUUAGUUUACCAUGUAACAAUAAUUUUAUUACGAUCACAAAUAAAAUUAAAUCAUUAGAAUCCCAAAACAACAGUAAUAAGCUCUCAAAAGGUACUCUACUUAAUCGGUUUAACAAUCAGCUGUUUAAAAGUGUAAAAGAACCAAAAAAACCAGUUCGCUUAAAUCAUGUCGAAGUAUCUUGGAACCCAAAACCUAAAAAAUUUCUUAUUCCUCAAGACAUACUCUUGACUUCUGAUACUGUGGAGAGAAUAUUAAAUGUAUGUAAAGGAGAAACUGGGGUAUUGACAAAAAAUUCAAAGUCGCCAAGCAAAGUCAAUAAGACACUAAGAAAACAAGCCUUGAAGCAAAAGAUGAAAGAAGAGUCAUCAUUAAUCAAAAAGAAAGUUCAAAGCAAAAAUGAAAUUUCGGAAAUUUAUUAUGAUAAUGAAGUGACGAUUACCAGCGAACAAGCGCCUAUUGAAAAUGUAUGUAAAGAUACAGGGGAUACUACGAUACAAAAACUGACAGCGAAUGUAAAAAAGAAAAAGAAUAUUGAAAGAAUUGUAAAAAGUAAUGUUUUAUCAAAAAAAAUCAAAUAUUGCUGUUGGGCGCGAGAAAAAGUAGUAAAGCUUGAUUCCAAAAAGAGAUCGGUUAAAAGACAUGACUGCCCGCGACCUUUGUGUAAUUGCUGUUGUAGGCAAGUACUCGUUGACAAAAUGUUUGCAAUUAGGGUAGAGAAUGAAAAACAAUGCCAGAUAGAGAAAGAAAAAAUCGAACGGGCGAUUAGAAAUAACCUAUCAAGCACAAAAACUCCCCCCGAAACCUCUACAGAAACACUACAAAAUACUUCCAAAAUCUAUUCACAAUUGUCGCUCAAAGUUUCAGUCGGUAUUAACACUGAUUAUGACAUGGACUUUGAAAAUAGUUUUGCAGCUAACUUGGCAGAACUAAAUUCAAGCUCUAAAUUUUUCAAUAAUGAAUCAGCAACUAGUAUAAAUGUAACAUAUGCACCUAAUAUUAAUCAAGCUAAUGGUCAAACUCAGACUUUGGUGAAUUUAAUGCUUCUGAAUAAAAAUUCAAGUUCUAAAAAUAAUGAAAUAUUUUCUAAUGGCAGUAAUUCAUCGAAUGUAAUUCCUAUAGAUCCUAUGAUUUUUGAAAAUAGUAAUUCAACUUUGUCAUUAAAAGGGAGUAAUUUAGCAAAUGUGAUUCCCGAGAAAAAUGUAAAAGUCUUAGAUAAGAAUAAUUCCAUUUUCUCAUUAAAAAAGACUAAUACAAGUAAAAUUAUUCAAAAAUCAUCUCAUUUGCUCACGGUAUCAUUGGCUCUAAAUAAAAAUAGUCCAAUUGUCUCAUCAAGUCAAAGUAGCUUCAAUAAUGUAAUAUUAAAAAAAAAUAUAUUGGUUCCGGAUAAAAAUAAUCCUAUGUAUACAUACUCUCCAAAAAUCCUCAAAAAGCCUAUAUCUUUGACAUCUGAUUCCGCGACAUUGGGUACCGAUAAAUCAAGUGUUUUGUUGCAAGAAAGAGAAGAAAAACUAGAUAAGGUUUUAUUUUUAACAAAUGACAAGGCGAAAAACGCUUAUUCUCGAACGCCUAUAUGUUUAGGUAAAAAUAAAAUUUUACUGUGUUCCUUUGAAAAAGCUCAUUUAAAAGAACCACCUAAAGUUGAUGAUUUGAGCAGUUAUACUAAUAAUAAUGAUACUGCUCAACCUACCGCACCUAUUUUGGCUUUACCUGAUGGUGUGCGAAUUGUUGUAUUACCUAACAAAGAAGUGGCUCUUUCCAUCGACCCUGGAAUUGAGUUAGACUCUAGUCAGUUUGCUUUCUUGCCUAAUUUUAUGGCAUCAAUUCAGCUACAACUAGCCGAAAACAUUAGAAAAUGUCAGGUGAAUCCGUCAGAAAAUAAAGAUAUGUCUGCUGAUCCAAAUAACGGUACUCUUACGAAUUGUAACGGAUCUAAAUUUCAAUUAGGUGAUGGUAAAAUAGCUAAUAAUAACAAUUUAAAUGACGCAUUUGCAGUAUCUUCUAUUGAACAAUUAAAAGAUAAUUCUCAGAAUGUGGAAGAUGCUAAUAAAGAUAAGAAAGCAUGUGAUCUUGAGAAUAGUAACGAUUUGAAAGACACCUCCAAAUUAAAUAAGAAAACAAUAUUGUCAGAUCUUAUGGAAAUGUCAGGUAUUUCGGCAGAAGAUACUCAUACCACAAAUAAUGGAAGUCCUACUAAGCAAAAAGCCGAAUUAUAUCCGACGCCUAUAAUAGAACGUUUACAAUCACAAACAACUAAUCAACAUAACAAUAAAUUUAUAAACAAUCCUCUUUUUGAAAACCCUACUGUGCAAACUGCUUUAACUAGAUGCCCAGAGUUGUGUGUAGUUUUUUCCUACCAAGAACUGAAAUACGCUUCAGAAAAUAACGCCCAAUUCUUCAAAAUGGAUAUUGAAACUGGUGUAGUAGUCCCUAUAAAUCUAGUAAUUAAGAAACAAAUGUCGGGAAGGCAAUCAAAUCAACCGUAUGAACUCUCAAAAUUUGUGAUAGAUUUGACGGAUGACCCUGACGAUGAAACUAUCAAUUUUGAAGAGAAAAAUACUGGAACUUUUGAAAUAGAGCCACCUGCGGAAAAACAAAAUGACCGCGCCGUACCAGUGAAAUUAUUUGCAUCCACCCAUCCAUCCAUAUUACGUCGCGGUAAAAGUUUACUUGUACAUUCCGUCAGUUCUAACGCUAAGCGAAAACCAUUAAUAAAAAGAAAGAAUAUGAUUAAAGUUAUUCAAGUCAAACAUAAAGAAAAACAAGAAAUAGAUUCUAUGGCAAGCAUUGAUUUGGAUUCAGAUACUGAACAAAAAGAAAAUGAUACGGCAUUUGGUGUAAAUUCAGGGGAGAUAAAAUCUGAUGACGAUUCAGAUUCUGAUGACGAACCAUUGGCGUUUAAGGCAAAACGUAUAAAAGAAUCGAAUGAACAUACCACCGAACUAUUGAAUAAAACUAGUGAAAAAGUAGUAGACCAAGUCAAAACAGUCGAUGAAGUCAGUCAGAAUACAGAAAUAGUCUCUCUCAAUGGAAGUGAGGUAACUGAAAUAUUAGCUGAAAACCAGACUGCUGACGACAUCUCUAAAAAUAUAACCGAUCAAGCUAGUGUAAAUCCAAAUCCCGAAUUAGAACCGGAAGAAUUUGAGCCAAACUUUGACGUAAAUGUCCCGGAGUCUUCAGAUGAAGAUUGUAUCCUAGGUGUUUAAUUAACAUCAAUUCAGUGUAAGUUUUCAAGUUAAACCAAAAUCUCGCCGCCUUCAGCGUUAAAACAUCCCUUUACGGCAACUUUUGCGUUGUUUGCGUGUGCGUUUAACCCAAUAUCUUGGAAAUAUCUUGGGCAGAAAAAGUAUUAGUUUUUCCGAAGUAUUUCAUGUGCCUUCGAUUAACAGAUGUUAUCGUGGUUGUUUAGGUGCAUCCAUGUUUCAUUAUCGCUCACUCAGUCGGCUUUAUCGUCGGAUGAUUACAGGGUCUCGAUAUGCAUUCGGAGAUGGCAAAAGUAGGGUAAAAACAUUCGAAGUACUGCUAUAAGUUUAUAUGAUGCACAUUUUCACGGCUAAUCUAUGCCCCAGUGUAGCAUUAUUUUCUCGUUUUUUAUUAUAAAUUCUUAGCAGACUUUAUCUGUAACACCCAUCAUAAGAUUUUCCAGACGUCUUCGUGUUAGUAAUUCGGUCUUUAAUUAUUAUUAUUUAGAAAACCCUCUGUGGAAACUGUGAUAUUAUGUUAUUACUAUUAGAUUUAAGUAAGUACCUAGCCAUAAAAAUAAAGGCUCUCGCACUUGGGGGAGGUCUGCGCAGCAUGUCGGUCUUUGCAAAAGACCUCCUAUUAUAAUAUUUAGUGUACUGCAGCCCGACGUGGUGCGCCGUAUAUUUAAACAUUACGGUGCACCCCAACCCUAUAAGCGCGUGUCUUUAUUCGUUAAUUAAUAUUAAAAUUAUUAAAAUACACAUUUUAAAGUAAUAUAUGUUACAUCAUCAAUCAAGGACUUGUGUGAUUUUGAUUGUAUUACGAAAUUAUAUCUAUUUACGUGUAGGUAUAUUGUAGAUUUGUGUCCUAAACUAGUGUUACUACCUAAGUGGUUACACAAAGCACACCCUUUUGAUAACUUUAUUCAAAAUACAACUUAAUAUUCAAACGGUAUUGUCCAAUUUUAUUGGCCGUCCUGAACUAUGUGCAAGAUUACUUUACUUCAGUGCGGACAAAAAGUUUGGAGACUCGUGUUUUGAACGCCCUGCAGGGCUAGCAUGGGCAGUAUUCGCACAGAUUGAUAAACUCUACGUGCAUUGGCGCACAAGUGGAAAUAAUAUCCAAAUAAUAUACGUGUAAUAAUAAACGGGCGUAAUCUUCUCCUAUUCCCUGUUGCCGUGCUUUGGCAUGUAGACACUUUAAUUUUAGCCCUUGUCAGGGAUAGAAUUUUUGUCUUCUUCCUAUGCUAGCCGUGUUGCUUACUUUACUUGCAGCAGUAGUUUACCUAUUUCACUAUAAUCAGCGAAAGAAAAAAAACAGAAGUCGCCCUUUCUAAUAAAUUGCCAUUCGAAACAGUAUAUGCGCGCACGCACGAAUAAUUGAAUCGCAAUAUACACGAUUUGUUCUACUGUAUGUCAUGCAGGACGGGAACAGCCCUGAUUGGCCGGCAGUUAAUCUGUCAAAGUUGUGAGUUGUGAUUAGAGAACUAAACGCAUGCGGGGCACAUUUUUGUUUUUUUUUUUCGCUGACUAUAAUAAAUGUGUUUAUAAAUAAUUGUAUAUAAAAAUUAUACUACAAACGUAAAUUCAUAUUUCAAAAUUACGGGAAUUAUAAAGAUCUUUAUGAAGAAAAAUAUUUUUGAAGUGUUGAUAGUUUAUAGCGUUCGAUAGUAGUUACUCUAAGUGUAGAUUUUUGUUCAGAAAAAUAUUGUUUGUCUUUUAUUGGUACGAAUUUAUAUUUAUUUUUUUCUAUAACUUAGCGCAGACUUAAUAGUGCUACAGACCUACUAUGUGUACCUAUACAGUUUUGGUAUUUUGUGAGAAGAAACAUUGUGUUUAUUAUUAUUUAAAUUAAAACACCUGAUGAAGGAUUUUUUAA